AGGGAACUUCCUCCUCAGAGGAAGUGAUACAGUUGGGGCAUCCCAUAGUCUCCCUUAGUCCCUGAAAAGAUGACUUCCUGCUCACCCCGAAGUGUUUAAUCAGUCACCGCAGGGAGUCAAAAUCCCUUUUUGGAAUGAUCUUAGUAGGUGUGAUGUUUUGAACGUAGCCAAUAAGAAAAAGCUAACCCUGCGCUAAUCACGCUCACCUGUGUGCACACCCCAAACCUCUUUCACCCUGAUUAGGUCUGCCGCAUGGACAUGGACGACACAAGAAAAGGAAGCUACCACCCAAUGGAUCCAGGGGGAAUAUCACAUUGAACGAGGAUCCAGGUUUCACGCCAGGUUACGCCCAAAAUGGCCGACUGAGGAGCAGAAGUUGACAUCUACAACGGUUUGACGUGAGGAGCAUUUGGCUCCUCUUCCUCCUCCCAUGUCGGAUCCAGCUCCUCCUCUCACACAUCAGGAGGGGAACACUUGCUGCACCGCCGCUCCUUCCACAUUCACCGGCUCCACUCCACCAGGUGAUGACACUCGAACGCACCGCCGUCCGCCACCCGCCGCCAAAAUGAAGCCUUAGAUUUUAGUGCGAGUGUGGCGGGUCCUCACAGCAAUGGCGCCGCGUUACGCUUUUUGUCUUUUGGUUCUCCUGUUCUCCUCCGAGUGGAUGCGUGUUUCUUCAACUUCCACCCGGGACGCUGGAACUACGCCGGAGGUAAGGUGCUGUCCUUCGGGUCAGGUGGCGCACAUCAGCGCGCCCUCUCCGGAGCUCCCUGCGCGGGAUUUGGAGCAUUUUGGCGCGCUUCCAGUCGGACACUUUGUUGGAUUAACGAGCAAGGAAGACGCCGCGGGAGAAAGUUCACUCGAGUGGGAAGGUCGCCCAAAACUUUCCCCGCAUGACACCAGCAACGACGUGGAGGGCGAGGAAAACGAGGCGGAUUGGACCGACGAUGGGACUGUUUGGACCCGGAGGAGGAAGCGGAGGGAUGCGGAGACUUGGCCCGAUUUGGGGAGCGAGGGAGCGCCGGAAGCUCCCGACCAGGAGGAGGUCCAGCUGGCCAGCUCCACGUUUGCCCUGGCCGGGGACACCGCGCACAACCAGGCUAUGGUGCAUUGGUCCGGGCAGAACAGCAGCGUCAUCCUCAUGUUGACCAAAUACUACGACUUCAGCGCCGGCCGAGUGACGGAAAGUUCUCUAUGGAGAUCCACUGAUUACGGGAGCACCUACGAGAAACUUAAUGAGAAAGUGGGGCCCAAAACCAUCCUGAGCUACUUGUACGUGAGCCCCAACAACAAGCGCAAGAUCAUGCUCCUGACCGACCCGGAGGUGGAGAGCAGCCUGCUCAUUAGCCUUGACGAGGGGGCGUCCUAUCAGAAACACAGCUUAGCCUUUGAUAUCCUCAGUCUUCUUUUCCACCCCGAGCAGGAGGACUGGAUCCUGGCUUACAGCCACGACCAAAAGCUUUACGUCUCCGUCGAAUUCGGGAGGAGGUGGCAGCUCGUCCACGACGGCGUCGUCCCCAACAGGUUCUACUGGUCCAGACUGGGUUUGGACAAAGAGCAAGGAAUGAUUCACCUGGAGAUCAGCGUCUCUGAUGGACGGUCACAGUACAUCACUUGCAAACUUCAAAACUGCUCUGAGGGAAACAAGGGCAAGCCUUUCCCGGGGUUUAUCAUCCCCAACUCCCUGGUGGUUCAAGAUGAAUAUGUUUUCAUCCAGGUGCCAAUCGGAGGACAAUCUGUCCAUUAUGUGUCCUACAGAAGACACUCCUUCUACCCGGUGAAGCUUCCGAAGUAUACCCUGCCAAAGGACUUGCAGAUCAUCAGCACCGACGAUAACCAGGUGGUGGCCGCCAUUCAAGACUGGCACCAGAACGACUCGUAUAACCUUUACAUGUCCGAGUCAAGGGGUCUCUUCUUCACGCUGAUGCUGGACGACGUGGUGAGCAGCGGGGGACCUGAAGGCAACAUCAUGAUUGACCUUUACGAGGUUGCCGGGAUUAAAGGCGUGUUCCUGUCAAAUAAAGUUGUCGAGAACCAAGUGAAAACUUAUAUUACGUACAACAAAGGCAGAGACUGGCGCCUCCUGCAGGCCCCGCUGACGGAUCUCCAGGGAAAAAGGGUGGAUUGCGAGCAACCGUACUGUUCCUUGCAUCUUCACCUGCACGUGUCGGAGAAUCCUUACACCUCCGGGAACAUCGUCAGCAAAGAUACGGCGCCAGGAGUUAUCAUCGCAUCAGGUGUGGUCGGACCGGAGCUGACCACCACCAAUGUCAGCAUCUUCAUCACGUCUGAUGCCGGGAACACAUGGAAAGAGGUUUUCCAAGAGGAGUACAGCGUUUUUUUCCUGAACCAAGGAGGUUCUCUGGUGGCCAUCCGACACACACCUCUGCCUAUUCGACACAUUUGGCUGAGUUUCGACGAGGGCAGAAACUGGGACAAAUUCAGCUUCACCUCGUCGCCGCUGUACGUGGACGGGGUGCUGGGGGAACCCGGAGAGGACACCCUCAUCAUGACAAUCUUUGGUCACUUCAGCCACCGAUCCGAGUGGCAACUUGUCAAAAUUGACUUCCGCUCAAUUUUCCAACGGCGCUGCACGUCUGACGAUUAUGUGACAUGGCAGUUACACAACGAGGGAGAAGUGUGCAUCAUGGGGAUGAAGAGAAUCUUCCAGAAACUGAGAGUAAACGCUCGAUGUGUCAAGGCCAGAGAUCAGUACAUCUCUCAGAUGUCGGACUCGUGUCCGUGCACGGAGGCGGAUUUUGAGUGCGAUUAUGGAUUCGAGAGGCAGGUCGAUGGGAGCUGCACUCCGACUUUUUGGUUUGUUCCGUCGGCCACGUCCAGAGAUUGCAUCAGCGGGGACAGCUUCCUGAAUUCCACAGGAUAUCGCAAGGCUUUGUCUAACAACUGCACAGACGGAACUCUAUUAAAGUACAGCCCCAAGCGGCAGAGGUGUCCCAGUCAGGUUCCCAGAGGCCUCCAGCUUCUAACCAGCGAGGGCACCCUGGUGGCCACCCUGCACAAGAACGUUACCUUCUUGGUCUUUUUGGAAGAGGGUCUCAGCUCCACUACCAGCAUCACGGUGGACUUUGGAGACGGGACCGCUAUAUCCUACGUGAACAUCAGCUCCAUCGAAGACGGGGUCCGGCACGUGUACGGCAAAGUGGGCAUCUACCAGGUGUCCGCCAUAGCCAGCAACGUUCUGGGCUUGGACAGGGUGACGCUCUACCUCCAUGUCACAUGUCAGCUGGAGCAGGUGCAGCUCUCGGCGCCGUCGGUGGUUGUCAAGAACAAAGCGGUGAACUUCACCACGGCGCUUCGUCCCAGCAACGUGGGAACGGUCACGUACUACUGGUGGAUUGACAACAGAACAGAGCCGGCCAUGAGUCUGGAUGGCGGAAUGUCCUUCACCUUCUCCGAGGAGGGAAGUCACAUGGUCACGGUUCAGGCUUCAGUUGGGAACACGGUGCAUCAGGACCAAAUGACUCUGGCGGUUUAUGAUUAUUUCAAGUCCCAAAUGUUGGCCUUUUCGUCGAAUCUGGACGAGGCAAAUCCCGGCCUUCCCGAUUGGCGAGAAGACAUCGGUCGGGUGGUAAAGCGUUCCGUCAUCCAGGUCACCGGGAUCAGCGAAGACCAGCUGCUGGUCACCGUACUUCCUGGUCUGCCAACCACUGCCGAGAUCUUUAUCGUGCCCGAGAGGCGGGCGAGGGGCGGGACCAUGAAGGGAAAGAGGGCGCAUGCGGAACAGCUCUCUCAGGUGCUGCUAAGUGCUCUAAACCAGGACCUCGUCCAGUUCACACUCAAGGCGGGAGUGCAGGUGAACGUCUACGCCACCAGGCUGUCGCCAGCUCCUCUGGUGGACGCCGGCGACAGCGGCCACGGCGGCACGGCAAUUAUAAUGCUGGUGUCCGUCGCUCUCAUGGGUCUGGCCGUCUUUGCCAUAUAUAAAUUCAAAAGGAAGAUUCCCGGCCUCAACACGUACACCGCCGAGCAGCCGGACAAAGAACAGGAGGUCGUUCCCACGGUGACCUCCAUCGCCGACACCAAGCCUGACGGGGACAAGAUGUCCUCGGUGGAUCGCGUGGACGUCCAGCUGGACUCCAAGAGCAAAGGUCUGCUUCUUCCCCUUCGCACGGCCGUCGGCACCCACGCUAGUACGAACGCUCCGAACAGGAAGUCAAAAGACUCACUUCGGUGACUUGUUAUCAACGUGAUUAAUAAAAGCUGACGAGGAACAAAACGCCCGACUGUCUCCGAGCGCCGUUCUCCUGCACGUUUAAUGACGCCUGGCGUUCUCUCGUCUUCUAUUUAUUACUGGCGUGCAGAAGGUAACCUUUAAAUAAACACGCAAGCUGUUCAUUCACUCUUAGGGGACGGCGACACCUCAAAAGCUGCUCGCAAGAAGACCAAAAAGAUAUUUCAUAAUUCCAGCUUAAUAAAACGUAAAUAAUAAGAAAAGGCGCGACUUGGAAAAGUGUUCACAUGUCUCGUUACGAUAAAACUGCCGCUACGUUAGCAAGCUCGCAGACUGUCAUUGUGUCUGAAUCGGCGAUGAUUACAUCCUGGAAAAGCUGAGAGCAGUGGUGUCCAAGCUGCAGCUCGAGGGACGUUACAAUUACGCAAGAAAACUAAAAAGACAAGAAAAAUGUAAAAAUUGAAAAAAAGCGCAGUAAUUUUACAAGAAUAAAGAUGAAAUAUUUUGAGAGGAAAAUCAUAAUAUUUAAUAUGACUAAAGGAAAGAUGAAAAGUCAAACUAUUAAGUGAAAAUAUGAUAAUAUUUUGUGAAAAAAAUUUAAAAAUUGAACAAAAAAGUCGCAAAAUUAGAAAAAAAAAUAUAUAUAUAUAUAUAUAUUUUAAAAACAGCAAACAAGUAUAAUGUAAAAAGAAUGAUGAAAGAAUAAAGUCGGAAUUUUGGGAAAAUUAGGCUGUGAAAAAGUUCUAAUAAUAAACUCAAAAUAUUAUGAAAAAAAACAUAUUUUAUUUUUUAUGUGUAAAAUAGUUAGAAUGCGUUGAUUGAAAUCCUAAAGGAAAGAUGAAAGUGAAAAUAUGAUAAUAUUAAGUGAAAAAAAAUUGAAAAAUUGAUCAAAAAAGUCGUAAAAUGAGAAAAAAAACAAAACUGGAAUAAAAAUGUAAAAACAGCAAACAAGUAUAAUGUAGAGGGAAUGAACAAAGAAUAAAGUCGGAAUUUUUGGAAAAUUAGGCUGUGAAAAAGUUCUAGAUAGAUAGAAAAAAACAAAGAAUAAAGUAGAAUUUUUUUUUAUUAGAUUGGGAAAAAAGUUAUAUUAAGUUGCAAUUAGAGUCAAAAUAUUAUCAGAAUAAAGUCAAAAUAUUAUGAGGGAAAAAAACAUUCUUUUAAAAAACGUAAGGAGUAUAAGUUCAUAUAUUAAUAUGCUUUGUUGGCAAUGGCAGAGCUGAUAUAGAAUUUUUUUUCCCUUUUAAAUAUAAUAAUGCCUCAGCAUAUGUACAUGCUUUGGCUUCAUGAAAUGGACUCUUGUCAAAGUUUGAUUAAACAGGACAAAAAAAAAAAAGACAAAACAUUUCUACAACACUAAAGACAAAAUAUUAAGAAUGCGUUGAUUGAAUUCCAAAUUGUUGGAAACUUUUGGAGGCUCCACUAUCGUCACCGAGGUUGCUGCCGUUUCCUCCCUCUGCAAAUAUGCUGCAGUGUGUGUUUUAUGUGUUUGCCACACGGGCGUUCACAGGUAAAGUGAUGCAAAAAGGCGAGAACGUCGGCCUGAGUUAUGUGGCCCAAUAAAAUAAUUAGCGCGACAAAGGAGGUGAAAGCAUUUUCAUCAAGGGAGCAUCCUCACGGCCGCACUUGAUUUACUCCUCCUCGCCGCAGCUUAACAGUUGACCCAUCCAAGAUAAAUGCGUUUGCCUGCACACACACACACACACACACACACACACACUCAAGCAUCUUAUGCAAAUAGGAGCAUAAACCUCCUCCUGUCUCUUUUCUCCCGUGUCCCCGGCCAGGCUACCUGCCAUCGUCGCACACAGACAUCAAGCUGUCCGAUGAAGCGCCCCAUGUGUUUUAAUGCAGAGCGUCUUUCGGGCCACGCCGAAGCAAUACAUCUUCCCUGGCAGUUAUGAAGGCACGGUCACAAUGAAUGCUCUCGAGUGUUUUUUGCUACCCAUGCAUGGAUGGACCAGCUCACACUGUGCCGCCUAAUCCCUCCGAGGAGACUGUACAGAUUUAUACUCGCCCCCCACUCUCCGCAAAUGGGACUCCUUUUUGACUUGGAGAUACUUGUAUUUUUGCAAGGACCUUGAUCUUUUUAUGUAAAUAUUGUACAUCAGCCCGUAAUGGAAGAAGAAAAGCCGAAGAAUGCAACUAACAGAGGUGGAGAAAUAUCUUUUUUUUGUGCGUGUUUUCUUCACAACGGCUUAUCGGAAGACAGUGAGAGGCAGCGGAUUCAUUAAGCUCGGCACAAUCAGGAAAUCUCAUCGCAAGAUUGUCAUCAAAUGAAGGCUGGCAAAAUCCAGGAGAGGGAAAGAUGGUCGCCACUUCCGCAUCUGUGCGCCCCCGUCAAGGCUCGGAUUGCUCCACACGUCAUAACAAAGAUUAAAAGUGUCUCCGCGCUGGGAUAUGAGACAUCUGUCUUGGCGCGGCAGAGCUGUUCAAAUUAAACACGAUAAACGACACGUUUGUGUUGCACAACUGGAACCUUUUACAGACAGUAUUUUAUCAAAAUAACCUAUUUCCUCAAAUAGUGUUCAAGGGCAUUGAUAUAUAUCCUAAUCAUGAAGUAAAACAUGACUUUUAUGGAGAAAUGCAAAGCAAACCAAGCACACAACAUUGUGGAGUGACCGCCUGUCAAAGUCUGCUGGUUCAUUCAAAUGAAUUUCAAGUGAAACUGAAGUUUAAAACAGAAUAAAUAGAACUAUGGAGCAAUGCAGACAAAAUAAUGCGGUCUGUAAGUCUCCAAAAUAUAAACAUGGACACACAACAAUGUGGGGUGACCACCUUGUCAAAAGUCUACUGGACUAUUUAAAUUGAUGUCAAAAGAAACCGGAGUUUAAAAUGAAAAAAAGAAAAAUCAUGGAGAAAUACAGAUAAAUGAUAGUAUCUAAGUCUCCAGAUCAUAAAUAUGAAUGCACCAAACAUUGUGGGGUGACCACCUGUCAAAGUCUACGGGUAUAUUCAAAUGUAUGUCAAGUGAAACUCAUCUUUAAAACGGAGUAAAUAGGAAUAUCUUCAGCAAUGCAGAAAUCAACGAGACACGAAAGUCACCAGAUCAUAAAUAUGGGUGUACACAACGUUGUGGAGUGACCACCUGCCUAAUUCUAGUGGUAUAUAUGCCAAGUGAAGCUGGAAUAAAUAUGAAUAUCACAGAGAAAUAAUAAGACACGUAAGUGCAGAGAAUCAACAAAACAUAGCUAAAAGUAACACGAACAUGGACGUACACAACAUUGUGGAGCGACCAGUCGACAGUCUGUGUGAAUGCGAAACUGAUGUUUAACACAAAAUUAAUAAAGAAAUGUGGAGAAAUGCAGAGUAACAAGAUAUGUAACUCUCCGCAACAUAAACAUGAACGUACACAACAUUGUGGAGCGACCAGUCGACAGUCUGUGUGAAUGUGAAACUGAUGUUUAACACAAAAUUAAUAUAGAAAUGUGGAGAAAUGCAGAGUAACAAGAUAUGUAACUCCCUGCAACAUAAAAACAUUUAUGCACACAACAUUGUGGAGCAGCCACCUUACAGUCUACGAAAAUGUCAAUCGACAGAAAUUUAAUCAACAUUUUGUCAAAUGAAAUAAUUUAAAAUAAAAAAAUAUAUAUAGAUAUAAAUGAUGGGAAGUGCUGAAAAACUACAAGAACUGAUGCAGACUGGGCGGAAAUCAUAACGAACAUGCACACAACAUUGUGGAGCAGCCACCUCACAGUCUACUAAAAUGUCAAUCCACAGAAAUUUAAUCAACAUUUUGUCAAAUGAAAUAAUUAAAAAUAAAAAAAUAUUUUUAUAUAUGAUGGGAAGUGCUGAAAAACUACAAGAACUGAUGCAGACUUGGCGGAAAUCAUAACGAACAUGCACACAACAUUGUGGAGCAGCCACCUCACAGUCUACUAAAAUGUAAAUCCACAGAAAUUUAAUCAACAUUUUGUCAAAUGAAAUAAUUAAAAAUAAAAAAAAAUAUUUUUAUAUACGAUGGGAAGUGCUGAAAAACUUCAAGAACUGAUGCAGACUGGACGGAAAUCAUAACAAACAUGCACACAACACUGUGGGGUGACCACCUGACAGUCUACUGGAGGGCUACUGUAAUUGCUGUAAAAGUCACAAGUGGAUUUCUGGAAUUAGGGUUAGGGUUAUUAUUAUUCUGGAAUAAUAUUUACCAGUAUUCCUGUAUAUGAGAAUUCACGUCAAUGAAAUGCGUCCUUUAAUACCAUGCAGGAAACUAGACCACAUGAUCGAGUAAGACUCCACACUUGGUCAUUAUUUGAGGAAAUAUGCUAAUUCCCAGGCAGCACGGCGGUCUAGUGGUUAGCGCGCAGACCUCACAGCUAGGAGACUAGGGUUCAAUUCCACCCUCGGCCAUCUCUGUGUGGAGUUUGCAUGUUCUCCCCGUGCAUGCGUGGGUUUUCUCCGGGUACUCCGGUUUUCCUCCCACAUUCCAAAAACAUGCUAGGUUAAUUGGUGAUUCCAAAUUGUCCAUAGGUAUGAAUGUGAGUGUGAAUGGUUGUUUGUCUAUAUGUGCCCUGUGAUUGGCUGGCGACCAGUCCAGGGUGUACCCCGCCUCAUGCCCGAAGAGAGCUGGGAUAGGCUCCAGCACCCCCCGCGACCCUCGUGAGGAAAAGCGGUAGAAAAUGAAUGAAUGAAUGAAUGCUAAUUCCCUGCAAGUGCAACAGAUUCUUGCUAUAAUGUAGCAAACAGUGCUUGAUUAAUGCUUUUAUUACAAUUAUUUUGUUGCUGUUUAUUCGUAUUUACAACAUAAUUUCAACACCCGGGGGCCAAAAACCCCCACUGAUGCUAUUUAUUAUUGCAUUUGUUGCUGCUGUAAAGCAUCCAUAGCAACAUAAUCCCACAAACACCAUUUAUUCCAUUGCUCCCAGCACGGAAUCACGGCCUUGUUUCCUCAGUUUACAUUGAUGCAAAAGGAACCUGCCGUCUAUUCAAGGUCAGCCCUCGAGGAGUCGGCGGAGAAAAGUGUGCAGAUUUGUCCGUCUACGUCGCCGCGAGGGAUGCAGAAGCUGAGAAGACUUAUCUGCUGUCAACUCGGUGCAGCCUACGCUCUGAGCCGCGGUCAGCUACUGUUUCUUUGGGAUGAAUACUAGAAUUCUAUGGAACUUUUUUUUUCUUUUCUUUUAAGUGUUGUCAGCGUCAUGCGUCAGUAAGACAAAUGGACGGGAGAUUUGGUUCCCUCUCGUCCUGCGGUUGAGCCCCGGGAACAAACAAACUUGAGGUCGCCAUCAUUGGAACCUAAAGCGGUUUAUGUUGUUUUCAUUGAGUGUGAAUACACUUUGCUGUGAUAUAUUUCUUGUUAUAUUUGUUCUUCCACCCUUUGGACAUUUUCUAUCGUCAACAGAUGGAAAGAAUGUACAGUCAAUUGGAGUUCCUUUUCAUUCUUGGCGACUUCAGUUUUGUGAUGAUUAUUCAGUGAGUUGUUGGUGUUGUUUUCAUUCAAAGAUGUAACCAUGGUUACAGAAUAAAGCCAACACGUUAAA